AUGUUGUUCCUACCCGCUCUCAUCCUCGGGCCAUCGCUGCUCUUCAAUGAGGUUUCAGCCACAACAUACAAAGUUGCUAUUGUGGGCGCUGGCGCCGGGGGCUCUUCCGCAUCCUACUGGCUUUCUCUCGCGAAGCAGCGCGCUCCCGCUGGGACCAACGUAGAGAUCACCGUUUACGAGCAAGACAAGCGCGUCGGCGGUCGAAGCACGACCGUUUAUCCGUACAACAACACUGCGUACGCACCUAUUGAACUUGGCGCGUCAAUUUUCACGACGGCAACCGAAACAUGGUUCGGGCUGCCUCCGAAUUUGGAUAUCAGCUCGUUACGUUUGGUGGACACUGCAGAUAACAUUCGUAUGGAAGAACGGUACCAAGAUGGACCCACUAAAUUGGGAGGAUUGAUCGUGCCGUUCUUGACCUCGUUCGCCAAGUCAUACACGCCUUCGUUCCCUAAAUUCCCAACUGUCAAGGACUACGCAUCCGCAGUGGACUACACCUCGCUCCUGCCUUACACCCUCAAAUCCUACCUCACUCAAGGUGGCAUUAACCUCAAUUGGAUCAAUGAUUUCAUGACAGGAAGCACGCGCUUUAACUAUGGACAAGACGUUGGUUCCAUCAGCGCUGUCCCGGGAAUGGCGAGCUUGUCCGCCGCGGAGCGUCACUUCACUCGGACCACGGUCAAUUGCAUUGAGAAAGACAAGAACGCCAAAUACAACGUUAAAACGAACAAGGGCACGGCAACCUACGACGCAGUCAUCAUUGCAGCCCCUCUCCCGCUAACAAACAUCAAGUUCGUCAAUACCGCCACCCAACCAUCUUCAUUCCCCAAAGUCGACUACCUCCACCUCCACGUCACGCUACUCACCACCACCACCCCUUCGCUCCUCCCGACUUACUUCAAGGCCAACAAUUCGUCCGCAUUGCCCGGGACGAUUCUAACCACGGCCGAGUACGGCUCCAAGCCUCAAUUUAACUCGAUUCGGUACCAGGCUACGAUCGACAAGAAUGGCAAGACAGAGUAUGUGGUGAAGAUUUUCUCGCCUGCCAAAAUCUCGGAUACUACUUUGGCAACGUUAUUUGGGAAGAACUCGAUUGGAUGGGUGCUCCGCAAGGAAUGGGACGCGUACCCCUACUUUCCCAUCCGAUCUGAAUUCCCUCCUGUGAAGCUUGACAAGGGGUUAUACUAUGUGAACUCUAUGGAAGCUUUAUUCUCAACGAUGGAAACAGAAAUCAUCUCUUCGCGUAACGUCGUGGAUCUUUUGUCGACAGAACUCAUAGGAUCUGGAUUGUGUGGCCCCGAGGGACCUAAAGGUCCGGCAACGGACAGCUACGUUCUUGGUUGGGAUUGUUAG